GCGGAAGAGCCUUGCUCCAUCGAAACAUUAGGCGCUAGUGUGUAGAAUACCGGCGAACACCAGGCGCGUUGGAGUCUGAAAUUGUUAAAUAAGCAAGCGCACUAGCUUUUUCCUUCAUUUCUCAUAUAAAUCCUCGUAGCUAUCAGUGGUAAUGUUGGGAUUGAGUGGUCUCUCCGUAGCUUUGGCCCUGGCCUUGGUCCCAGGUAGCAGCGAAGCUUUAAAAGAGGGGGAGUGUGAAGUGUGUGUGAGCUUCUUGAGUAGGUUCUAUGAGUCUCUGAAAGGAAAGGAGCUGAACAAUGCAGCCAUAGAGAAUGAGCUGAUCAAGACUUGUAAGGAUGCCAAGGGGAAAGAGAACAGGCUGUGUUACUACAUUGGUGCUACCAGUGAUGCGGCCACCAAAAUAACAAAUGAAGUCUCCAAACCUUUGAGCUCUCACAUACCUGUGGACAAGAUCUGUGAGAAGCUGAAGAAGAAGGAUGUUCAGAUCUGCGAGCUGAAAUAUGAAAAGCAAGUGGACUUGACCUCUGUUGACCUAAAGAAGCUGAAGGUGAAAGACUUAAAAAAGAUCCUGGAAGAAUGGGGCGAGGCAUGCAAAGGCUGUGUGGAGAAAUCAGAUUUUAUCCGCAAAAUCAACGAACUCAUGCCCAAGUACGCGCCCAAUGCGGCGAAAGCACGGACAGAUUUGUAAUGACCACUUUGACCAAGGGAGGGGGAAAGGGCCAGAGGCAUUAAAAUUGUUUGCGCACCAUUUUUGUUGUGCGAUGUUUGGACCAUACAAUCUGUUUUCUUUCUGAUGGGACAUUUCCUGAUUUGAAACCAUGAGGGGGGGGGGGGAAUGCAGUUGAAUUUACACUGAUCAAAAAUGUAUACCAUGUUAAAGUUGGGUAAUACUUUUUCCACUGUAAAAUAUGUGGAGGUCUUUUUUGCAUUUUGAAUUGCAGAUCAUAUUGAUAAAGGCCAUCUUUUGUUAAGCUUUGUAGGGAUUUGACUUAGUGUUUUUUUUUUUCGUUAGGGUUGGGAUUUCAGUAUUCAAAACAAUUUUAAACAAAGCCGUAACUUGAAAGUAAAUGAGUAAGAACGGUCUGAGCACAUCUUUGAGGGGGGGGGGACUUGCUGAUAUUUAUAUACAGAGCUGCAAACUGAAUUACUUGGAUUCUCUCGAGGCAUAGAUCCUUUUUAAAAUAGGUUUUGAUAAAUUUCAUUAUAUGCAUGUUUAUUUUAGAAAUAAAAAAUAAAGAACAGCUGCAUUGCUUUGAACAUUUGCUUUUUGCGUAUGUCUGUGGAAGCAAGUGAAUAAUUCUAAGCAGUGUGAAAUAAUUAUUCCUCCAGAAAUGGUUGUGAAUGUUGACCCUAGUGCAGAGUAAAUAUAGAUACUGUAUGGUACUGUGGCACAGAUACAAAAAGCCCUCAAACUGUGCUAAUAUAUCAGUGUAAGAAUAUAAUGGAAGGGUUUUUUUUUUUUU